AAAAUAACAACAAAGUAGUUAGGUUACGUUGAACAAAAACAAAAUAUCGACGGUGUAAAAAUCUAAACAACUUAGAAUUUGGACAAAAGAUUGCUAAAUUAUUUGGUCAAUUUCUGCCCAACUACAAUACAAAUUAUGGCUGAUUAUUUACAAGAUGAACAUUUUGAUUUGUAUCAGGAGAUUGCACGAUCGGCAUUUGCCGAUAUGUUGCAUGACCAUGAACGAAAUGAGAAAUACUUUCGUGCACUGAAAAAAGCAAUCGAUAAAAUGCAUGAAUGCAAUUUGCCUGCAAAUGUUCUCGACAUUGGCACAGGCACCGGGCUUCUUUCAAUGAUGGCGGUCAAAUGUGGUGCCGAUUCGGUAAUUGCCUGCGAAGCAUUUCGACCGAUGGCCGAUUGUGCCGAACAAAUUAUGGAAGCCAACGGUAUGGCCGGACAAAUUCAGCUAAUAAAAAAACGUUCGACCAGCAUAUUUGAAGAAGAUUUACCGCAGCGUGCAAACAUUUUAGUUACCGAAGUAUUUGACACCGAAUUAAUUGGCGAAGGUGCUAUUGAAACGUUUAAUCAUGCCCAUCGACAUUUGCUGGAAAAAAAUUGUAUUGUUGUACCAGAUUCAGCGACAAUAUUUGUACAAGUGGUCGAAUCACCAUUGGCAUGGGCAUGGAAUAUGCCAAAACUAAUAGCCGAUCUGGACGGUGACGUUCUUAUUCGUACACCAUGUGAGAUUAACGAUUGCAAAGGAACAUCUGAACUACAUGAUAUUCAAUUAAAUCAGUUUCCAACGCAUCAAUUUCGUGCAGUAUCCGAGCCAACUGCUGUAUUUGAGUUUGAUUGGUCGGGAAAGGAUGUGAUUUCAAAAAAUGAAUUCCGUACGGUGACCGUUGAAGCGAAACAAAAUGGUACAGCGCAGAUAUUUUUCAUGUGGUGGGUACUAAAAAUGGACCAAGAUGGUGAUGUGCGUAUAAGUUGUGCACCACAUUGGGCCCAUGAAGAUUUUUAUCGCUUGAAAAAUGAACGACCAUCAUUCCAACCGGAGCAAAAUAUCAUUCCAUGGCGUGAUCAUUGGAUGCAAGCACUAUAUUAUGCACCGAAACCGGUUCAAAUUGGAAUCGGCGAACAAUUGCAUUUGAAAUGUAAUCGUGAUGAAUUUUCAUUGUGGUUUGACCUAAGUCGUGAUGGUAACGAAGACAUUGAAUCACCUGAAAUUAUUCAAGAUCGUCCAAUGUGCACGUGUGGCUUCCAUUUGGCACUGUCUCGCACCCGAAUUGGUCAAAUAAAUCAAAGUUUGAGAGUGAAAAAAUUUCAAAAGAUUUUCGAUAAAGCACUUGACCAAAAUUCAACGGUGUUAUUUGUUAGUGAGGGUUCUUUACUUGGUCCAAUGAUUGCUGCACUAAAAGUAAAUCGUGUUUAUGUUUUGGAUUCGAAUAAAUAUACACGUCGUGUAGUACAAAAAUACAUUGACUUCAAUCAGCUCAGCAAUAUCGAAGUUCUCGAAGAAGUCAAUGAAUCCAACGUUGAUUGGCAACUAAUCACGCAUAUAAUUGGUGAACCAAGUUUUGUUACAUCAAUUCUGCCCUGGGAUAACUUCUACUUUGCCGAAAUUCUGAAAAAAGUUCGACAAUUUUGUAAUGAAAACGUGCAAAUUUUACCACAAUCGGCAACCAUUCGUGCGGUACCAGUGGAAUUUUUGGAUUUACAUAAGAUUUUUGCACCGUUUGAUAUUUGUGAAUCGUUCGAUUUGACCAUAUUCGAUCGUAUCAUUGAGGAAUCAUCGGAAUUCGCUGAUGACAUCGUCGAGGCUCAACCACUGUGGGAGUAUCCAAGCAAAGCGCUUGGAAUGGCUAAAACAGUAUUUUCCAUAGAUUUUGUCAACGCAACAACAAGUUCGGAACACAAUGAAUUAGAAAUUAGAACUGCUGGCUCAUGUAAUGGAAUCGCAUUUUGGACGGAAUAUAAUUUUUUCAAUACACAAGCUUCGAUUGUCAGCACUGGCCCAUUGAAUGACUUAGCAUUGAACCAUUUUAUCGAUUGGGAUAUGUAUACGCGACAAGGUGUACAUUUAUUUUGGAAACCAAUCGAAUCAAAUGGAGACGAAGUGACGACGGUCGCUUGUCGCGUUCGAAACGAUGAAAAUGUUAUCUAUUUCAACUUUACGUAAAUUUAAGUUAACGUUAAACUUAAGUUUCAUUCAACUGUAAUAUUAUAUUGCUGCUUUAAUUGUUGGCAUUUAACAACUAAGAGAAACAGCGUACAAGUGCUUCUUAUUUUAUUUUAAAUGAAACUCUUUUUUUUUUGUUCAGAGCUAAGCUCAUUUUCCAUAA